AUGUCUUCACCUGCUGGGGUAGGGUCGUAUUCGAACCCUUUGAAGAAAUUCAAGCUGGUCUUUCUCGGCGAGCAAAGCGUCGGGAAAACGUCCCUGAUCACUAGGUUCAUGUACGACUCGUUCGACAACACAUACCAAGCAACAAUUGGCAUCGACUUUUUGUCAAAGACCAUGUACCUCGAAGACCGCACCGUACGAUUGCAACUUUGGGAUACAGCCGGCCAAGAGCGGUUCCGCUCUCUCAUUCCUUCUUACAUUCGCGACUCGAGUGUCGCAGUUGUCGUUUACGAUAUCUCAAACGCCAAAUCCUUCCAGAACACGCGAAAGUGGAUUGACGACGUACGGGGCGAACGUGGAAGCGACGUCAUCAUCGUGUUGGUGGGCAACAAGACCGAUUUGAGCGAUAAGCGCGAGGUCACAACAGCGCAGGGUGAGGAGGAAGCGAAGAAGAAUGGUUUGAUGUUUAUCGAGACUAGUGCAAAGGUUGGCCACAAUGUCAAGCAGCUAUUCCGAAGGAUAGCUCAGGCUCUGCCGGGAAUGGAGGGAGAGGCCAACCGAGGAGAAAGCCAGAUGAUUGACGUUAACAUCCAACCCAAGGAGACGACGAGCAAUGAAGGAUGCGCCUGCUGA